AUGAGCAUUGGUCUCAUCUACCUCAUAAUCUUUGCUUCCUUCUCUUUCGACUUCUUCAUCCCGACGCAUAUGAAACUUGUCCUCGAGGAGUCCUCCGACCCUCAUCCACCGUUGAAAUUCAUCCACUUGGUCACCUGGCGCUACUUCUCGACGAUCAUAGCUUACUUCUGUCUCUCGCUCUGCUAUAGUCUCGUUGGCCUAGCCUUUCACUUCCCUUUAUCACGCAAGCCGCCGCCUGGUCAGAACGCCUGGUUGGAAACUGACGUCGCAAAUAACACAAAUCAUUUCGGCCACGCCACUUUCGUCGUCUAUUGGAUGAUGAAUUGGCUAGGUAUGGUCUUGCGUGCGAAAAUAUUGCAAUGA